AUGGCAAGCACGCCAGGCUCGCGCAGGCAGCAGGAAAACACACCGUUAUCCGCUGAAAAACCUGAAAAACCACCAUUAAAUCGAGAUUCUAGCGUAAUCCAACAAGUCUCCCAAUUCAUCGGUAUUGCUAAUGGAGAUGGAGAGGUUAACGAGGAGAAAGCGAAAUGGGAUAAAAAACGAUUUCGACGAAUUGCUCACAAUUAUAGUUUGAAUGAGAAUGAAGUGCAGAAAUUCGUCCGAAACCGUUCGAUUACCCAUGCUCCAUCCAUCGAAUCCUCCACUUUCCUCCUCUCUCAACCAGGAGGCCCCGCCCCUUCAGGCCCCGCCCCCUCAGGCUCCGCCCAACCGACACCAUCAUCAUUGGAAGACGUUGAACGUGGAAUAGUACAGUAUCCCGGGCGAGUUUCCAUCAGAUCUCCAAUUUCCGGUCCGACGCCUUCUCUUCCAACUAAUUAUGAAUCGACGUCGACAAGUUUUGAAGGUGGACAAAGACACAGAGCUGAUAGCUUCUCACAGACGGCUGACCUGUCUCAAUCCCAAUCUCGUCUCUCCAAAACGUCACAAAAACAACGUGAAUCCGUACCGUCGGCAGUGAUUAACUCCGUAUCGAAUUUCAUCAAAAAAGGCUCAUUCAUCAACAAAAAACGACUGAAACUGCAAUCAUCGUUCGCCUCAAAAUGCUCAUUCGACAUCGACGUCGUCUCUCCAAUCGCCGAAAUGACUCCAGAAUCCGUGACGCCGUCAUCAGAAUCCCUAACGACGUCACCAGCUGGAAUCAUAUUCAAAACUGGUGAAUCCAUUGAAAUGAAGACGUUAGGGGGCGGAGCCUCGGCGAAAAUUCUGAAAAAAGGAUCGCCGCCGCAGGAGGAGAUCAUAACGAGUGGAAUACCCGAGGAGACGUCGUUUGAAGUGGAAAUUGAGGAAAUGGGAGAUAUUGAUGAGGCUCAGGGUGGAGAAAUGGAUCCAUCAGCAAUGUCUCGAAUGACAGCAAAAGUUCGAAAAAAAUCAUCAGUCCGUGCGCCGCCACUGGCCCGUUUCACCGAAGAAACUCAUCAUUUGACAGAGAGUAAAUCAGCUCCGCCCCCUUUACUCCAAAGAUUCAAAACGAUGAAUCCACCGGAAAGACCGUGUGAUCUACAAGAAGGAACACGUCCAAUUAUUCAUCCGUCUGCGUCUCUUCCGUCAAGAGUCUCUAAAAUGAGCAAAAAGUCGUCGAGACAAGAGGACGAAGUGUUGGAAAUGUUGGCAGAGGAAUCGGAACAGAAGGAUAUUGAGGAUGGCAGAAGGAUUACUGUAUCAAGUGUCAGACCUAGCAGAAGAAGGCCCGCCCAUCUUCCCAUCCAACGUAGUAUCUCUCUCGUCGAUGAGGUCUUCUUCGACACGCCCCCUUUGAAUCUCCGCCCAAUUCCAUCAGAAUUACAAGGACCCGCCGGUAUGCUUCCACCAGAAGUCGACGCCUAUCAUCCGGAUAUCGCUCAGUCUCCGCCCACUUCUGCUGCUCUCCCCGCCCACUCGAGAUUGAGUCCGUAUCCUUUCGAAACGGCAAAGAUUACUGUAGUACCGGAAGUUUCUGGAUACCCACAAGCCGCUUAUAUCAGUUAUAUUGAUGUUGGUGACAGUACUAUCAAUAUGCCACGGGCGACGGCUUUAGGCGGUCCAGUGGGUCCGGUGGCCAGUCGGAGACCCGAUAGAGUUUUUAUGGAAGAAGCCUCCACCUCCUCCGCUCACCGUCACCAACUAAUCCGUCAACACACCGCGGUCGUCGAUCCAUCAGAAGACGUGGGAUUCCGUGAAUGGCGUCAGAGACAUGAGCGAAAAAACGUGGAAACGCAGCGAUUCGCUCAAAAAAUCGCCGAUUCAAAGCAUCAGAAGCGACAACGUGGCAUCGGAGUUUUCGGGAAAUUUUUCAAUCGAUCGUAUAAGGAUAAUUUGGCGGCAGAUUUGAAAAAGUUGUUGGCCGACGGUGAUGACGAGAGACCGUGGUUUACCUAUUGGAUCACCACAAUUCAAGCGGCUGUCUGUAUUUUAAGCAUCAUUUUAUAUGGAUUCGGACCGUUGGGUGUCUAUAUGACACCGCUUAAAGAAGACGUCAUGGACGUUACACUGUCGAAUCGACGUGUUUCUUAUAUGGAACAAGAUAAUUUAUGGUUCGGACCCCACUACGCUGAUCUCAUUCGUCUCGGCGCCGUCUACUCGCCUUGUAUGCGACGAGAAUUCGGAUUGUGGCAGGCGAUUGAGGAGGAGAGGCAGAUUGAGAAUCAGACGGGAUGUUGUAUUGCAAAUGAUCAUACUGGGUGUUAUCAGAGUAGUCAGCUUAUGUGUCCGCGCAACGUGGCUCGUUGGGUCCGUUGGGACAAACCGGAUCCCCUAGCCGCCAAACGGAAUUUCCUCUCUCAAAAAUCAAAAUCCGACACUGAUUUGCUGCGUGGAAUAUCGUCGUUGAACAACUCGUCCGCUCUGAAAUUAUGGAAACAACAAAGGAAAUCAGGGGCUGUGUGUGGACAAGACCCCUCGUAUUGUGAUCUACCGUCGUCAGUGGCUCCACACGAGUGGCCGGAUGACAUCACUCAAUGGCCGAUUUGUGAAAAGAAGCAUGAGGGGGCGGGGCUUCCUGAACAUGUCACUUGUGAGGUAACGGGCCGCCCGUGUUGCAUCCAACUGCAAGGAUUAUGCCGUAUCGCCACGAAACAAUACUGUGAUUUCGUGCGUGGUCACUACCACGAAAACGCCACUCUCUGUAGUCAAGUGAACUGUUUCUCGGGUGUCUGCGGAAUGAUUCCAUUCUUUGGCGAGAAUCCGAAUCAAUUCUAUCGACUAUUCACGUCGUUAUUCGUUCACGCCGGCUUAUUACACCUGGCACUUUCUAUCGCUUUUCAAUGGUAUUUUAUGAGAGAUUUAGAGUUUCUCAUCGGCUCAAAACGAAUGGGAAUUCUAUAUUUGGGUAGUGGAAUUGCUGGAAAUCUCGCUUCCGCUAUAUUUGUUCCAUAUAAUCCGGCUGUCGGACCGUCGAGUGCUCAGUGUGGAAUUUUGGCUGCCGUUAUUGUUGAUUGUUAUCAUCAUAGACGCUUCCUGAAGGACUUCUCCACGGCCUUACGCGAUCAAAUUUUAGUCACCGUAGGCGUCUUAAUUGUCGGCCUAAUUCCAUGGAUCGAUAAUUGGGCUCAUUUGUUCGGAUCGAUUUUCGGAUUGCUAAUUGCAAUUAUAAUCUUCCCAUAUCUCGACUUUCCCGACGACGAUCUCGAUCCGUUGAUCCCGCCCACCGUCGCUACCGUACCCAACACGCCACUAAUGCCACGUGGAUCGAUGAGUACAAUUAUAAAUACGGCGGAGACGCCGACGAUGACGGCGCAGGGAUACAGUCAACUGGGCAACGGAUAUCCGUCGCCUAUCGUUCCAGAACCUGGCAAUACGACUGUACAGACGGUCCAGUUGCUGUGGGGAUUCGUGAGAAACAAGUUUCGGAAUAAGAGAACGUUCUACGUGUUGAUCUCAUUCAUCACUCUCGCCUCUCUCUUCAUCCUCCUCUCCAUCGUCUUCUUCGGAAACAUUCAAUUCGAGUGCUCCUGGUGCAUUUACUUCAACUGUGUUCCAAUCAUCUUCCCGUGCCAUAAUCAAGGCCAAAAGCUUAAGAAAUGGCUCCCGAUUUAG